GCGGGAGGGAAGGGGAUGAGCCCGGGCUGCAGGGAGGAGCCCCCCGGAGGGGCGUGUUUAGUGCGUGGCAGCGAGAACCUCGCAGCGCCGGGAGUCGGCCGGGGUGGGUGCCCGCUUUGUCCCGCUCCCCGGUGCACAGGGCUGGGUCCGGUCUACGGGCAGCGCCGCGGCUGGAACCGGAACCGGACUCGGGGAGCCCAGGAUCCGCCACAAGUCGCCCCGAUGCUGCCCCAGCUGCUCCUGCUGCCCGGCCUGGUCCUCACGCUGCUGAUCGCGGAGGGGAGCCGCGGUUCCAAGCAGGAGGGAAACCUGCUGGUUCUUACUGUGGCCACCCAAGAGACUGAGGGAUUCAAACGUUUCAAAAGAUCAGCCCAGUUCUUCAACUACAAAGUCCAGGUGCUGGGGCUGGAUGAGGAGUGGCGUGGUGAUGACAAGAAGGCAGCAGGAGGUGGGCAGAAGGUCCGUUUCUUGAAGUCAGCUUUGAAGCAGUAUGCGGAUAAGGAGGACUUGAUCAUCCUCUUCACAGAAAGCUAUGAUGUGCUCUUUGCAUCGGGCCCUGCAGAGCUGCUGAAGAAGUUCAAACAGGCCAAGAGCAAGGUGGUUUUCUCAGCAGAGACCUUCAUCUACCCUGACCGGAGGCUGGAAGCCAAGUACCCUCCGGUGCAAGAUGGCAAGCGUUUCCUGGGUUCUGGAGGUUUCAUAGGUUACGCACCUAACCUAAACAAGCUUGUGGAGGAUUGGAAAGGACUUGACAAUGAUAGCGACCAGCUCUUUUACACCAAUACCUUCUUGGAUCCGGAAAAAAGGGAAAAUAUCAACAUCACUUUGGAUCAGAGAUGCCGGAUCUUCCAGAACCUGAAUGGAGCAUUAGAUGAGGUGGUUCUGAAGUUUGAAAAUGCACGUGUGAGAGCAAGAAACGCAGAGUAUGACACCCUCCCAGUCCUGAUCCACGGCAAUGGACCCACCAAGCUGCAGCUGAACUACCUGGGAAACUAUAUUCCUCGGGCCUGGACAUUCGAGACAGGCUGCACUGUGUGUGAUGAAGGCCUGAGAAGUCUCACAGGGUUAAAGGAUGAUGUGUUGCCGUUGGUUCUGAUUGGAAUUUUCAUCGAGCAGCCCACUCCAUUUCUCUCCCAGUUCUUCCGGAGGCUUCAGAACCUCCAGUACCCAAAGAAACGCACUCUGCUCUUCAUCCACAACCACGAGGAACUUCACCUGUCUUGUGUGGACACGUUUGUGAAGGAGCAUGGCAAAGAAUAUCAUGCGGUCAAAGUGAUUGGGCCGGAAGAUCACGUGGAGAAUGCUGAUGCUCGGAACAUGGGCAUGGACUUGUGCAGACAGGAUCCUGACUGUGAAUAUUACUUCAGCCUGGAUGCUGAAGUGGUUCUGAAGAACUCGAAGGUUCUACGGAUCCUGAUUGAACAGAACAAGCUGGUAAUUGCCCCACUGGUGGGCCGUCUUGGAAAGCUGUGGUCAAAUUUCUGGGGUGCGCUGAGUCCUGAUGGGUACUAUGCCCGUUCGGAGGAUUACAUGGAUAUUGUUCAAGGGCGGAGGGUUGGGAUUUGGAACGUUCCCUACAUUUCCAGCAUCUAUGUCAUAAAAGGCAGCACCCUGAGAUCCCAGCUCAACCAGGGAGACCUCUUCCACAGUGGCAAACUAGAUGCAGACAUGGCUUUCUGCCAUAAUGUCCGGGAUCAGAGGGUCUUCAUGUUUGUGACAAACCGGCACCAAUUUGGACACAUACUCUCUCUGGAGAAUUAUCAGACGACUCAUCUCCACAACGACCUCUGGCAGAUCUUCAGCAAUCCUGAGGACUGGAAAGAAAAGUACAUCCAUGAAAACUACACACUAGCUCUGAAAGGGAAAUUGGUGGAGACGCCCUGCCCUGAUGUUUACUGGUUCCCUAUAUUCACUGACAUCGCCUGUGACGAGUUGGUGGAGGAAAUGGAGCACUUUGGCCAGUGGUCCAAGGGAGAUAACACAGACAGCAGGCUACUUGGGGGUUAUGAAAAUGUCCCAACUAUUGACAUCCACAUGAACCAAAUUGGCUAUGAGAGAGAAUGGUACAAGUUCCUUCUGGACUAUAUUGCUCCAAUCACAGAGAAAUUUUACCCAGGAUACUAUACAAAGACACAGUUUGAGCUGGCCUUUGUCGUUCGUUACAAACCUGAUGAGCAACCUUCCUUAAUGCCUCACCAUGAUGCUUCUACCUUCACCAUCAACAUUGCCCUGAACCGAGUAGGGAUAGAUUACGAGGGAGGAGGCUGCCGGUUUCUGCGUUACAACUGCUCCAUUCGAGCUCCUCGGAAGGGUUGGACCCUCCUACACCCGGGACGCUUGACCCAUUAUCACGAGGGCCUUCCAACCACAAAAGGGACCCGUUACAUUGCAGUGUCCUUUCUCGACCCUUAGAGCCAUGCUUCAUGGAGAAAAACCUUUUCCCAGCAUCACUCACUGCUGACUGUGAGUGGGAGAUGGGAAUGCUGCUGAGUCUCCAAGGCAUCCAUCAAAGUUAUUUGGAUACUGAUUUUUUUUAAAUGAUGAUUUGACUUCACUGUUGGAAGAUCGCCUCCGCUAACACUGCAGAGAAUAGGUAGGAGUGUAGUUCUAGAAUUUGGAGAGAUUCUUUGUGCCUUCAAUUCCAAUACUCAUCCUCAUCUGUGCUUGGACUUGACUUCUUCACUAUCUGCCAUGGCUUACCGGACUAAUUGCUUGGACUGAAAAUCCAGCUCUUUUGGGGCAGGUCACUUCUUUCCCCUCCCCACAAGCCCCUUCUCCAAGCAGCAGCCAGACUGUCUCUAUGUGCAUCUGACAGAGAAAUGGAUUUUAGGGAAUCCUUUCUGGACACUGCUCCAAACAUGAGUGGGAUCAGGGAGCUGGUUCCAGGAUCAGGGAGUGGAGUCUUAACAGCUGUAGCAUUGGAUGAAACUCAGUAGCCCCAGCCUGAGGUUCAUCUUAGCCAUACCUCUUUGAAGUUACUUAGAAGCACAUCACCUUGUUAAAAACAGCAAUGAUAAUAACCCCCAUGGAUCCUAUUAGCCAAACCAUGGUUGGCUGAUGAUACUUGACUUCUGUGAUUAUAUUGAAGAGGUGAAAGAUGUCAUUCCAACCUUAUCUUGCUGCAGCUGGAAGGGAUGUGUCCACGCAACCAAACU